CUCUCAUGUUGUGUUAACAGCCUUGGAGAGCGUUGCAUAUCUGACAUUUCUCUCUCAAACUCCAACCAGCUCUGUUCUCAUCUGCAAGCUGAGAGAAGAGAAGAGAAGAGAACUAGUCCACUACAGGCCAGGCUGCCUCAAACACCUGACCUGAGCUCAUCUCCACACAACCAGCUGCAGUUUGAUUCCCGGAUUUCACUUCCUCAAAUCUGCCUGACCAGCUCAUUCCAGCUCCUCCCAGUCCAAACAGGCCCAGCAGCCUGCCUGAACUGUCUCCUCUGCUAACCGAGUCUAUCAAAAUCUAACCACUCCGCCGUCCCCAUGGAGCGCGUUCAGCACAUGACCAAAUCGGCCAUCCGCCGAGCAUCUCAGAUCGAGGUGAAUCCUCAAGCCAAGAGGAACCUGCAGGAGCUGUUCGUCAACUUCACCCUCAUCCUCAUCUGCCUGCUGCUCAUUUACAUCAUCGUCCUGCUGAGCAGCUGAGAGCGGCAGAGGCUCGGCUUUACUGUGGACGAGGCUCCCCUGCCCCCCCUCCUCUUCCCCCCUCUUUCCCAAGGGAGUGAUUAAAAAGUCACCCAACUUCAACAGUUUAAUCUUCACUGAUAUACUGUAUGUAUGUAUGUAUAUCUGCCAGCUGCUCAGUUUAACAUCCUGCUUCCUUUACAAUGAUUUAAGUUGAUUUACAAAAGGAGACAUACUGUAUGACCAUGUCCGCUGCCUCAGUAAUAAUAGGUGCAAUGUGUAUAACACUGAAAUAUCAACACAUCACUGUUGUUUAACUUCCAUUUCCCAUGAGCCAUGCUGCUUCCUGUACCCACACCCCCAGCAGGAGAAAGAAAAACAUGUUGGAAAUGAUUUUUUUUUUCCCCACUAGCAAAUACUUCCUCUUUCGUCAGCCUCUGCCAGAGACCACAGAGAGUAAAACAUGGAUCUGCGACAUCAGGUUUCCGCUUUUUAAAAAUUUCGAUGCUGCUUUCUUAUCAGAGCCUCUAAAACCACAUUUGGCAAAAAGUAAUUAAACUGGGAGAUGCAACUAGCUAACACCAUGACCUGCAGCAACAUGCCCCAAAACACAUCUUUUUCUGCCUUUGUACAAUAGAGUUGUAAAGUCCUUUUCAUUCUCUCUAUAGGCAAUUUAAUGUAAGUCGCAGUUGCAGCAUUUCUACAGCUUGGACGGACAUGAGGCUCUCCAGUUGAAUCAUCAGUACAACAGAUGAACAACUGUGUUAGAAGAUGGUCUGUUUUUUUGAUAAAAAAAAAGACGUAGAUACAAGCCUGAGUUUGUAAAAAUGUAGGCCAGAAGUUUUAAAUACAAUUCCCAUGGUGCAUUUUAGCAAUAAACAUCCAAUCACAGCUUAAAAUUCUGUGAUGUGCACCGCUAGCUGCGGAUAGAAGCUAAAGAUUAGACUGUUAAGGAAACUGAUAACACAAUCCGCAGCUUAAAAUUACAUUUAUGAGUACAUUUUGGAUUAAUUCAGUAACUUUGGUGCUGCACUUUGGUCACGACUGCAACAAGAAAGUAUUCAGAUAUAAAUACAUCUCUGAUUCAGUGAUGCUUCUCCGUAGCAAUGGCGACCAAAGCUCAUGGAUAUUGUAGUAUUCAAAGCUGUCUGCCAUGUCAAGCUGACACAUAAAACAUGAUUUCUCAGAAACAAAGUUGAAACAGUGAGAACUGAUGGCCAUAACAUUACAUUACAUUAUGCAGGUGAUUUCUAUGUUGAGUAAGAUUGAGGAAAUCGUUAGAAUAAAUAACUGAAUUUACGUAACACUCAGUGUUCCUUGGAUUUACUCUUGCUUAACAUUUAUAAAGAUAUUACUUGAUAUGAUACUUAGAAAUCAUUCUAAGUACUGUAGGUCUAUAAAGUGCAUCUCCAACUUUAGGCAGCUUACUUGCAGGUGUUUCUGAUGUUAUACAUACAUUUCAGCCUUAUAAUUAACUAUGUAAAGUAUGGACUGUUUUUGCUUUACUUUGGGGUUCAGAGAUAAAAAUAUACAUCUGUUUAAGAGUGUUGAGUGUGAAUAGAGAGCUUCAAACACAGACAGCACAUCUAUAAGCCUGACAUAUACUGCAUACAAUACAUGAGGUUUAUCAUUUGUGAAGGAAAGCUCACUUUGCAUGGUGUGAUUUCAUUUAUGAUGUUUUCUGUUUAAGCCAUUUCUGAUUUAAUGCUGACAUUUUUUGGUUUAUGAGCAACAUUGGUUUACAAAAUAAACUAUAAAGUCAAAUCUGAAAAGGCAAUUUCAAGUCCUAAAUAUGUUAUUACAAAACUUCUACAAAGACAACUUUGAUAAUUUACCAGCCAAAAAAUGUCAAAUGCUGCACAUUUUAGUAUUAUGUAUCUGCACUGUAUUUACUAUGACUGAAAUUGUAAAAAUAUAAUACAAAUGGGAUUAUGAGUUAUUGAGAGAAAUAGUCAGUUUUGUUCUCUUCAUGUAUGUUUGGAAGAUUGUACCACCUGACUUUUAAACUGUGGAACACCAAAUACAUUGCAUGUCAAUAAAAUUAAAAAUGUUUUCUUCUGA